UGAAUAAGCACAUGGUUCUUAUCGUGGUUGUACAACAAAUAAGCAACAGGGCCUUUGUUUAGUGCUACUCUAUUACUCAGAAUUUCGUCAUAUCCACGGGUAUAAAUACGGGAGACAGCCGGCGUAGACAAGUAAUACCUCAUCGACAUCCAACCCAUUCACGAUGAGAGCCCUCCUGGCAAUCUGUGUGCUGGCAGUGGCCACUCCAGCGGCCCUGGGUUGCACCAUGGACCGUUGCUCCCUCGCCCGCGAGAUGUCCAGCCUGGGCGUUCCUCGUGACCAGUUGUCCAAGUGGACGUGCAUUGCCCAGCACGAGAGUGACUACCGCACCGGAGUGGUGGGUCCCCCCAACUCCGACGGAUCCAACGACUACGGCAUUUUCCAGAUCAACGACCUCUACUGGUGCCAGCCGCCCAGUGGAAAGUACUCCCACAACGGCUGCGGUCUCAGCUGCAACGCCCUCCUGACCGAUGACAUCACCAACUCCGUGAGAUGUGCCCAAAAGGUUCUGGGUGAACAGGGCUGGCCCGCCUGGUCCACCUGGCACUACUGCAGUGGCGCCCUGCCCCCCAUCGACGAUUGCUUCAAGUAGAUCGUUCUGGUAAUGCCUUGCAUUCCCUAACCUGGGCAUUGAAAUUUGCAUUUGCUUUUAGAACUUAGUAACACGUUUAACCCUUAGACAACAUCGAAUAUUUUCGUUUUAUAGCUGGUUGGUGUGAAUGACUUUUACACAAUUAAAGAUAACACAAUGAUGAGGUAAU